UCCGGCCGGCUCGCCGUAGGAUUCUCGUUUCCAUGGCAACCACGCCGCGCAACAGCUAACGUGGUUACCAAGUUACCAAGUUUCUCGUUAACAUUGUUCCGGUGAAGUACGAUGUCCGCCCCGGUCGCGACCCCCGUCCGGGGGGACUUGGAGCCGUUCUUCACCGUGUUUGACGGCUCUUCCCCGGCGGACGCGUCCCACGCACGGCUGCUGUGGAGCUCGCUGUCCCUCCUCCCGCCGCUGGAGUCCCGGCUGGUGUCCGCCGACGUCCGCCAGAGGCUGCCGGUGUCCCGGCCGCAGCGCCGCUCCGGCGGCACCGGGCCCGAGGGGGCCGCCCCGCCGCCAACGCCGAGCUCGGAGCCCGCUCUCCGGCUGGAAGAGCGGCGGCGGUACGCGGCCAUGGCCGACCAGAGGAGGGAGACGUUGGCUCGGCUGCGCCGGCAGCGGGAGCAGAGGCUCCGGAGGGAGGCGAGCGGCCCGAGGCGGAGGCUCUGCGGGGAGAGAAGCACGACGCCGCGGGGACCUGCGCACUCUGAGGCGGACGAAGAGCUGGUGAAGCAGCUGCCGUCCAUCUGAUAGACGAGCUUACUUUACAAAUGAUUUUAUAACUUUUAAACUCUCUUAACCAGUUUAAGUUUCUGUUUCUUAAUAUGAGAAAUUCCACAUAAAGACCUGUGACGGUUUUUAACAAUGAUUUGCAGAUUUGAUGUGUGUUUGCAAAUUAAAC